UGGUCGUUGGCCAGCGAGCAUCAUGGAGGCACCCUGGGGAGUCAUCAACGUCCAGCCGGGCUGCUACGUCUCUUCCCAGCAGCCCGAGGAGGCGGAGGCGCAGGCAGAAGAGUUGAGCCCGUUGCUAAGCAACGAACUUCACAGACAAGGAUCCCCAGGUGUUUCAUAUGGUUUCUCAGUGUUUAAUUUGAUGAAUGCCAUCAUGGGAAGUGGCAUCCUUGGCUUAGCUUUUGUUAUGGCUCAUACUGGUAUCCUUGGAUUUAGUUUUUUGCUGCUGAUAGUUGCUCUUCUGGCUUCUUUCUCAGUUCAUCUCCUGCUUAGUAUGUGUAUUCAGACAGCUGUGACAUCUUAUGAAGAUCUUGGACUCUUUGCAUUUGGAUUAUGUGGAAAGGUGGUGGUGGCAGGCACCAUAAUAAUCCAGAAUAUUGGAGCUAUGUCAUCUUAUCUUUUAAUUAUUAAGACAGAGCUUCCUGCAGCUAUUUCAGAAUUUUUGUCUGGAGACUAUAGUGGGUCUUGGUAUCUUGAUGAACAAACACUACUAAUAAUCAUUUGUGUUGUCAUUGUGUUUCCUCUUGCUCUUCUUCCUAAAAUAGGCUUUCUUGGCUACACAAGUAGUUUAUCAUUUUUCUUUAUGGUGUUCUUUGCUGUUGUGAUAGUAAUUAAAAAAUGGUCCAUCCCUUGUCCUCUGACAUUAAAUUGUAUAGAGCAGUACUUCCAGAUUUCAAAUGCUACAGAUGAUUGUAAACCAAAGCUCUUUCAUUUCUCCAAAGAGAGUGCUUAUGCGAUACCAACCAUGGCUUUUUCAUUUCUCUGCCAUACCUCAGUAUUGCCCAUAUACUGUGAACUUCACAGCCCUUCAAAGAAAAGAAUGCAGAAUGUAACCAAUACCGCAAUUGCUUUAAGUUUCCUCAUUUAUUUUAUAUCGGCACUCUUUGGGUACCUCACUUUUUAUGACAAAGUGGCGUCUGAUAUACUUGAAGAUUAUAGUAAAUACUUGCCUCAUGAUGUUGUUGUGAGGACUGUGAAGUUAUGCAUACUGUUUGCUGUGCUUCUGACAGUCCCUCUAAUCCACUUCCCUGCAAGGAAAGCUUUAAUGAUGAUGUUUUUCUCCAAUUUUCCAUUCUCAUGGAUUCACCAUUUUGUGACCACGCUAGCACUCAAUAUUAUCAUUGUUUUACUUGCAAUAUAUGUUCCUGACAUUAAGAAUGUAUUUGGUGUAGUUGGUUCCAGCACAUCCACAUGUUUGAUUUUUGUAUUCCCAGGACUAUUUUAUCUUAAACUUAGCAGAGAGGAUUUCCUCUCAUGGAAAAAGCUUGGGGCCUUUGUUUUGCUCAUCUUUGGAAUUUUGGUUGGGACUUUUAGUUUAGCCCUCAUCAUUUUUAAUUGGAUUAAUAACAAAUGAAAGAUAUCUUUU